CUGACCAAGAUGAGGAUGAGGAUGAGGAAGAUGAUGAAAUCCAAUCAGACACCGUAAUCAGCACCUCUCCUGAACAAGAACAUCUUGCCAAGGAUAUGGAUGAUGAUGAUGAUGAUGAUGAUGAUGAUGAAGAAGAAGAUGACCUAACCUUACCUCUGACAGAGUCCAGUGAGAGCGCUGUGGACGACAGGGUAGAAGACAUAGAGCACAAGAUAGAAGACAUUGAGGGGAAGAUUGUGGAAAUCGAGGAAAAGAUUGUAGAUAUCGAGGGGAAGAUUGAAGACAUUGAGGGGAAAGCACUGCACACUGAAGAUAUACUGCUUACUCAAUCAGCGGUUACCAUGGAUGCGGAGUCAGAGAAGACCAUAGAAGAAGAAAAGCAGGAGGAGGAAGAAGAGGACGAUGAAGAUGAGAAUGUUGUCAUACCAACAGACAAGCCUGAAGAGAUGGCACCAGCAGCCAAGCCUGAACCCACAGUUUGCACAUGUUUGGCACCAGAAACUGAAGAGGCAGUCAAACCUGUGGAGCCAAAAGUCGAAGCUCCCAAGAAGGCUCCUGUUGUGCGAACCAGAAAAGAGCGCGAGGCAGUGUGGCAGAAAGAGGAGAAGAAGAGGAAGAGAGACAUGUUCAUGAGGAGACUUGACACGGAGGAGAUAGUCAAGAAGAGAGAACCAAUAGUUGUCCGUAGGAGGGAACUGAAACCCAAGGCCACAAAGAAAGCUGAGGUUGAACCCGCAGAAGAUGUGACAGCUCCUCCAUCGGAAGCUGCUCCUUGUCGACCUGCGCCUGUCUACUACCCAGCGCCCCCUGGAUGGUAUGUGCAUCACAUAGUCACAGAUACUCCAUACCCACCUCCGGCAGCCAUGACAGGAUCUCAGAUGCCAGUUCUGACAUCACAUCCUGUCCAGCAAGCUCCUCCCAUGCAGCCCCUCCAGUUCUCUGGUCCUCCUCAGCCACUGGCUCCUGAGACUGAGACUGAGGCUGAAGCCCCUGCUCCAGCCCCAGCCCCUGUCCUUUCCCCAGCCCCAGCCCCAGACUCAGCCCCAGCGACAGUUCCUGUGACUAAACCUGAAGAACAAGAAGUUUCUGCAGAGAAGCCGAAGGCUGCGGCUACAAAGAAAGCGGCUCAGGACAAGGCCAGGGCCGCACCUGCAGAGCUGGUACCUGCGGAGACCAAAGAAAAGAGCAAACCAGCAGUCAUAGAGAAAGAGGCUGUUGUCGCCAAAGAAAAAGUCAAAACUACAGCUUCCAAGAAAGCUACAGACGUUGCUGCCUCCAAGACCAAAACAAAAACCUCUACUGAGAAGAAAGUUUCUACAGUGAAGGAAGAGAAGCCAGCCAAAUCAGCUGAUCAAGCUAAAGAGAAACCAAAAGUAGCAGACAAGAAAGUCACAGCCAGACCUACUGCAGCUAAGACACAACCGCCUGCUCAAGCUUCCAAAGCUGAGAAGACAGAAAAGAAGCCUGUGAAGGAGAGUAAAGAUGCAGAUGUCGCACAGUCGGCUAAAGCCAAAGAGCCUCAGGCUGAUGAAAAAGUUACAGAGAAGAAGAAGCCAGGCCAGAGAUACUUCCAGUGCAUUUUCAUGGGCGGAAAAAAUGCCCAGUACCCUCUGCGUCCUUUCACUCCGGCCAUGCCUCCAGUCAUGCCCCCAGCUGCCAUGCGGGCCAUGAUGGAGCAGCACAGAGCUAGAGCGGCAGGCCAGUAGGCCAACCCCCGACCCCUGACCUCUGCUAGCCAUACAGCCUCCAGACAGCAUGGGGUGCUGUCUACAUUCACCACUCUGCUGCAAGGUUCUUCAUGACUCCUCUACAACAUCUGAGGACAACUAAUGACUAAAAGGAAAAGGAGGAUGAAGACCAGAGCUGUUAUAUUUAUUUAUUCAUCUUUUCAGCGGUCAAACUCCCGUGCAAUUUUAGGUCUGUUUAAAGGUACAGUCCACUGUUUAGUUUCCCUGCUCUUUUAACUGGUUUAAAUGUUGUGUUUUCUGGCCUGCUCCUGUCUUCAGUAUUGUAUGUGCUCUUCUUCUCAAUUUGUAUUUAUAGUUGUUUAAGGGUUGUUAAAAAAUUGUUUAACUAUUUAUUUGUCUCACUAUUAACAACUUUUGCUUACAUUGUUAGCAAGCAAUAGAGUGGAGCCUUUACUUCACUUUAACAAAGCAAAAUGUGUGUCACUAAGCUGAAAUACAAUGUACAUUGAGACCAUGUUGAUAUUGGAAAUCACAGUUUACAUUUUUGCGCACUCUUCUACUAUCAGGCAUCCUUCUCUAAUAAUUUGUUGUAUAUUUAUUAUGACAUUCAAGUGCACUAUGAAUCAUUUAAGCACAUAUGUUGAAUUAUGUAUUUCACAUAGAGUGAAUGGAGACAAGGAUCUUCAACUCCUGAAUUAAUUCGAUUUACUUUCCCCUGAAAAGAUAUUAGGGCUUUUAUUCAGGCAUCCUGUCUACCAGGGUCAGACUGGCCGUCGGGAGAGUCGGGAGAUUUCCCAAACGGCCGGUCAAACGGCCACGGCAUAAUGAAAAAAAUAAUAUAUAUAUAAUAAUAAUACACGGCCUUGGGCCGGUCUGCGUUUCAAAGUCCCGGGCCAUUUUUCAGUCCCAGUCCAGACCUGCUGUCUACAGUUCUUGACCAUAUUUUUAUAAAACAAAAACAACAAAAUUAUAAUUGAGGGGGAUCUGUUCUGCCCUGUUCUGUUCUGUUCUGUUAUCUAAGUGUCCUCAUUUGUUUCCUGUGCCACGUCCUGUUGUCAUCUUCAUCAGCUUGCUGCCUGAAGUGUAUGUGUGCUAAGUAUCAUGGGAAAAGUUUAAAUGCUAAAUAGACUCACGGGAGCAGAUGCUAUUUAUCUGAACAACUUUGGUCUCUCAGAGGAGUGUGUGAGGUUGAGUGUGUGAAGCCAUAAAGAGUUUGUGUAGCUGUGAAGAGAGUGCGCGACUGGAGAAUUAUCUGAAUCUAGUAUCUGUGUAUGCAUCUCUACCAGUGUUUGCAACCUUUUAGGGUUUUAAGUGGCUAGCAUGAGGUAGCACUUCCUUAUCUCCAUCUGUGUCUGAUGGACCAGUGGCAUCAGGUGGCUAACUACCAUAAUCUGGUGUACCUGCCUGUCAAAUAUGGAGCCUUCGGUGCCUUCUCUCAAACCUUUGCAAACAUUACUCAUUUAUACAUGUAUGUGCUGAAGGGAGUAGUGUAUGUUGUUGCUGUAAUAGAGCAUUGUUGUUGUUGUGGGGGAGUAUGAUGUCAACAACAGGUGGUGUGUGUAGUGCUACCCUGUUUGUUAUCUGGGAGAGAGAAACUAUGGACAUAAGUCUGUCCACGACUACAACAUGACCAACUAUGAUUCUUGUGAGACGGUGAUACGAUUGUCCUUAUUUGAUGACAUCACGACUGUCAUGUUCCUACUACGGCACUGAAGAGUGCCCUUAUUGUGACAGUAGUGCGGCUGGGUAGAUGCUCAGCAUGUCCUACUGAAAUCGAGACAGAUUGAAGAGGUCUUGAAGACCUACUGAAACAGAAACAGACAUUCAAAAUACCUACUUAUAUUUAUACUAUACUUGAUGACCAUGUGCGUGCUACUGUUGGACGGUGUGAGAGGCGUCCUUGGUGGCAGAGAAGGGAAGCUUAUAAAAUGGCACCAGAGCAGAGACUUGGUACUGUACCUGUCUGCAAGGACAAAACGAUUCCUCGCUGCUCUGAGUGUGUGUGACCUCCUGAGAUGGACAAUUUGUUGACCAGAACGAUCUUCACCGAUUCUUUCUGCAGUUGCAGAAAUAGUAUCUGCGUCGACACAGUUAACCACACUGCAGGGAAUAGCCUGCAAGUAGUACCAGGCAGCCAGUAAGUUCAGUUGGCAGCAAUGCUAAGAGCUCAGAGAGGAAGUAGGCCACAGGAAGUAGCAGACUUUGAUCUUCCUGAGUAUGAGGGAGCUGUUUCCUGCUUCCACAGGGAACAUGACUGUGUGAUUAUAUUGUUGUUGUUGUUGAUGUGUCUGACUCAUAGCUUGAAGCACAUUUCAGCUGAUAGUCUAUGAUCGACCAACGGAUGAACAACCAGGAUUAUUUUUUUUUAUUAUUUUUUUUCUAAGUAACUGUGGCUCACAUUUCAUGAUCAAGCAGACUCAGCCAUGAGUAUCCUAAACAUUCAGAUGCUCUUGUUGAAAGAUGCCAAAGCAUUACUUUAAAGAAACAUACUCAUGACAGCUGUUUAAGAAAUGUCACUAGCUGUAACUACUAUGUCUUACCUUUCUAUUCUUUAUGAUCAGAGUAGUUUGUUUACUUUAGGACACGGUUGGGUCAGGGAUUAUGGACCUGCCUUGGUUUAUUGCUGCAUCACACAGGCUUUUGGAAAGUUCACCCCUGUUUGCAGUUCAGAUGGGUCAUGCCUUAUUUAAGGUGCACUUGUUUGAUUGUAACCAGCACACUAAAACCUGUAGAUCAGUGGCCAUAAUGACCAAGAGUUAGACAAAUCAAAUAUGCCUCAAGUGCUUUAAAAUACUUUCAAAUGACUGAUCCAUGUAGUUGUCCUAAAUUUCAACCCAGCCGACGUGGAGCCGAUGUGUCAGUAUUUGGUCUUUAGACCUCAGAUCUACUCCACAGUCAGCCAAACCACUGUAUGGAUUUGAAACUUGCUCAACGGAACUGGCUCAACGGAACUGACUGAUAAUGAUUAUGAUUGCAUUAUGUGUUGAAUCUGGGAGUUCAAAAUAUACUGUAGCCAUUUUAAGAGAGAAAGAUACAUAGAAAUGAUAGGUUUCCUUCUUUGAUAUUCUUCUUUUAAUUUCUAAAAUGUUAUGCAUGACCAAUAUCAUUUAAACAAUUAGCGAAUAUUAGCUAAACACGACGUUCAAUGUAACUUUACCACAGGUAGUCAUGGUCUCUAGUGGAAAUACAUAAAUAGAUGUAUAAAUAGACAAAAAUUACACUUUUUAAAAGGCAGUAAAAACAUCUGUCCGAGACAUAUGUCUUGGAUUUAACAUAAAACUAGACUACACUUGAUGUGUUACUUUGUAGGAUCAUGUUGCAGACUAUAACUUUGAAUGCUGCUUUGACCUACUAUGCAUUUUUUUGGUAACACAUCAUUUACUCGGUAGGUUUGAUUUCAUGUUUUACUGUAAUCUUUUGUUCAAUCUUGCCACAUUCUCAGUUUGUUUAUUAAUUAUACUCUCACAGUUGCUGAUAGCCUACAUUUUGAAGCUAUUAUAUCUCCUACAUUUGAUAAACAGCAGCCCUUUUGUUUAGUUCAGUGCUGAUCACUGCAUGAAGUCACUAGUUGGAAGAUCAUUUGGUGUUGUUGUUUUCUUUAACACUCA